AUGAAUUGAAAAACAAUUAUGUUCUUAUUCAAAUUACGAGGAACCAAUCUUUUCCGCUGUAGCAAGUGUUUGUAGCUGUAAGAGCGCGGUACCACCUGAUAACCUACAACGUCACGCGAUUGGUCGUAUAGUGGCUGACCGACCAAUCGGCUUAUUGCUUUGGUAUGGCGCGUUGUGCCGGUUACCGGCUUUCGUACUGGUUCGGCUGCUGGCCCGCGGCUGGUUGGUUCGCUAGCAGUUGCGCGCAAAGUGAGAAAAAACGAGAGCGAGUAACGUUUGCGUGUUUAUGAGAUAAAGAUAAAUAAGAAUUGUGAUCAUAACAAAGUUUUUCUAUGUGCCUAUUUUGACCAAGCAUAGACAAAGACAGAAUAAAGAAAAGAACUGCAAAUAAAAACACGCGUGAACAACGAGGACAAAAGUAAAUAGCGAAGAAAGAAAAUGGACGCACGGGCAACACGAGAGGCAAAACGAGAGAAGAGGAAAGAAAGAACGUGUGUAUGAGCGAAAUACCGCAAUGGAAGAACAGUUCGAGCGAGAAAGAAGCGCGAAAGUGCGAGAAAGAUACAUCGAUNAAAAAGGGGGGCACGGUGGUGCGGUGCCGGCUGCCUUCAGCGAGUCGACAGUUUGGCGUUCGGUGUUGCUAGGCGCGAGGGCCACUGUCAGUGCCAAGGCGGCAGCCGGCAACCUUCUCGUGCGACCGCGAAUCGUGCCACCUUUUCCGUCGUUUCUGUUACUUUCGCCGCAUAUUUGUUUCGUCAUUCUUAAUAGUCUUAUUGCUGCGGUUAGUCACGCGAUAUUUUCUCAUUGUUUUUCACCUACAAACCGAUGCUACUAUCGAAGAUGCAUUUUCGAGACUGUUCCAACAGCGAACCGGCACCCGGUCUCUGGGUUACCUCUCUUUGUCAGCACUGCGUCGCCGUCGUGCUAGUGCUGCGUCUGCGUGCGUGUGUGCGUGAAAAACCGAGAAA